UGAGCAAGUUUGAACACGUUUAGUGCACGCUGGUUCUCGCGAUUAGUCAUCACGUUAGUCUGCAGGUGAACUUUCAAGUGAAACAAGGGAGACCCUCCAAAAAUCGGGUUUUGCUGGCUUUUGCGAAUGAAGUACCGCAGGAAAGUUAUUGUUUUACCCUUCGGUGCCCAUAAUUUCUACAGUGCCUUACAUCCUCUUCCCGACAAGUGAUCGCCGUGCCUUUUACGUCGACUGAAAAUGGCGAUUGGAUAUUUCAUACUCUUUUUAUGCGCGUUGGCGACAACUAAUGCAAUAUCUACGUGCAAUGGGGACAGCGAUUGUCCCGAUAACCAAUACUGCUAUGAUGUAUCACAACAUUGUGUAAAUUACACAAAAUGUAGCAGAUACAACCGCCAUGAAGGCAAAGACCAUGCUCGUCAUCCUUCGCAGUGCGGCUCCUGCUUGUCAGGAUACACAGCCGAGAUAUUAUCGACUGGAGAAACGGCUGAUGUUUGCUCAAAAACUCUAAUUGCUCAAAAUGGAGAAGUUCCAGAAUCUAUUAUUAAGAAGAAGCCACUGCUCAUUUGGCUGGGUUCUGCUACUGCAAUAUGCAUUAUAGCUGCAAUUAUUUUCCUGAUUCUGAUGAAAAAACGAACAGGAAGUUUGUUAAAUGCUCACAUGAGAGAUAAUGGAUGUCGGACGUGGACCAAUAUUUUCGGACCUAGUGCUCCUCCACUCGAAACUGGUGCCUUUAUCGAGGUUGGAGAGUCCCAGCCCUAUUCGGCUAUUACCAACAACAACCAUAAUUACAUGGACAAAAAUAAAUUGGUCUCAGCUACACCUUUUAAUAGUCCCGACUGGAUAAAAUCCAAUCCUGAUUAUGACGUUCAGGUGAACGACUCUCUUGAUAUUCCUGAACAGCCUGCUUCUCCACCAGCUCUGCCUCCCGAAGAAGAUACCAAUCCCAGUUCAUGGACACCUCAGCAAACAACUGGACCCAUUUCAAGUCGACCGUUCUCACAGUUUAGUGCAGAACGCGACAAUGCCAUGAAUGCUGUUUUAGUCCAAAGAAAUUGUCCGACUGCCACACCGAUCUCAGAAAAUGGCGACUCGACUUCCGAAGCCACAGACUCGCAGAGUCAUUCGGAUCAUAGAGGACCGAAUAUUCUAAUAAGUCAGAAAAUCACCAUGAACGUAAACGUUCUCAAUGGCGAUUUUUAAUCAUCACCGAUGACAUAAUAAUGCAUGC